AUGGCACUGGCACAAACAAUCCAAUCUUCGGCUCGAGAGAGGCCUGUGGUCAUAGGAUUAUACGGAGUUUCUGGCUCUGGGAAGACUACCCUGCUGAAUCAACUGAGGAGGACCCUCAAGGAUGAUUUCCUGUUUUAUGAAGGCUCACAGGUUAUCGAUGAAGUAACCCCUGGAGGCCUCGCCCAGUUCAAAGCUUGGAGCAGAGAACGACAGAUGACAUCACGGAAAGCGGCAAUUGACUCGAUCCGGAUGACGUGCAUCCAAAGUGGAAAGGCAGCUAUUGUCUCUGGCCAUUUCAGCUUCUUCGAAGAAAAUGAAGGCAAAGUUGGGCCCCCGGUGAUUACUAGAGAUGACCUCGACACAUACACACACAUCCUUUACUUGAAUGUUCCGACUGAGGUAUUAUUUGAGCGCCGUGCUUUCGACUCGACUCGGGAUCGCCCUUAUAUCAGCACAGAGGAGCUACAUAUCAACAGCUUCAAUCUGGAGCGUGCCAAAGCAUGUCUAGACAUCAUUAUUGGUGACAAACCGCCGUUGAUGAUGCUUGUCUUGGAUGCAGACAAGACUUUAUCUGAAAAGGAUACCGGGGCAUUGUUCUGGGAAAAAGUUGGCUCAUCGAAGGCCAAAGGCGCCUCAUUGGAGGAUAUUUUCAGCAGUAAAUUAGGGUAUUCAUACGCUGCUUUCUGCCAGGCUGCAAUGCUCUAUGAAGAGUCAGGCGAUGACCAAGAGUUUGAUAGGUCUUGCAGCGAGGUGGCUGCAGGGGUAUCCAUGUAUCCUGAAUUUGUCUGUCUACUCCACCGUGUAGCGGAACAAGAGCAUGUUCAAGCUGUUGUCAUUACAUGCGGCAUAAAACGCGUGUGGGAAAUGGUUUUGGAGAAAGAACGGCUGUCUGGCAUUGUGAAAAUAAUUGGAAGUGGCCGGAUUACCGAAGGCCCGGUCAUUACGGGCAUCUGGGCGUUUGGUGACAGCCCAUUAGACCUGGAAAUGCUGAAGCUUGCAGACAGAGGCAUCGUUGUGGUUGGGCCAGAGGCAACCAGAAUUGUUUUACCUCCCACCACACCAAUGCCGCUUGAUUUCAAGAGACUUCCUUCAUUGGAUAUUACCGGCGCGGACUUCAUGGACUUUGUUCCAUUUCCUUCGCCGCCCUCCAUUCAGCUAACUCAUGCGACGGAAAAGAAUGCAGCUAAAUUGCUAAUGACCCAAAUGCAAAAUGCAAACGUUGCUGGUCCAAAUCUCUGCGAAGCUCAUAUGUCCGUGGGAAAGUAUCUGGCAAUUGAAUUUUUGUCUGAGGCUAUUGGCGUUGACGAGUAUUCCAUUCCACAUGUUCUGGGCCAUGAGACAAAUGGUCAUCAGCUAUACCACGAAAGUCAGACGCUGAUUGUGGCGGUGAUGCGCGCAGGAGAACCUAUGGCUCGUGGAGUUUGGGAGAGCUUUCCCAAGGCAUCUUUUCCUCAUGUGAAAUCUCCAGAGGAUAUUAAGCCUCACCAUGUACAGGGGAAAGUCACCAUCAUCAUAGUUGACUCGGUGAUCAAUAGCGGCAAGACAGUAGCCGAGUUUCUAGGACGGAUCCAAAUCUUACACUCUACCGUCCGCAUUGUGGUGGUUGCUGGUGUCUUUCAGGCAGAAUGCAUCUCCAGACGAGCGCUCACGCAAAAGCUUCGCUACGGAGCAAAAGUGACUGUCGUUGCUCUCCGGGUAUCACAGAACAAGUAUACAGGCAGAGGCUCUACCGACACCGGAAACCGGCUUUUUAACACGACCUCCUUGCCUUGA